GCGGGGCCCGCGGAGGGACCCCCUUGGCACAGCCGCGCCGGGGGGCGGAGGUGCUGGUGGGCUCGGCCGGCGGGGACAGCGGCGGUAUUGCUGAAAUCCUAAUGAACCGACCCCACGCAAGAAAUUCACUUGGAAAAGUAUUUGUAAACGAACUGUUCAGUGCCCUGGAGCAGCUCCGCUUCGAUGAGAAGGUGCGUGUGGUGGUGUUCAAGAGCCAGGUGAAAGGUGUCUUUUGUGCAGGAGCAGACCUAAAGGAACGUGCAAAGAUGGAUGAUGCAGAAGUUGGACUGUUUGUUAGAAGGCUGAGAAAUCUCAUGGAUGAAAUAGCUGCCCUGCCUGUGCCCACGAUCGCUGCCAUCGAUGGCUACGCACUGGGAGGGGGCCUGGAACUGGCCUUGGCCUGUGACCUUCGAGUGGCAGCUUCAUCAGCUAAAAUGGGCCUUAUUGAGACCACACGAGGACUUCUUCCUGGAGCAGGUGGAACCCAGCGCCUGCCCAGAUGUGUCGGAAUAGGUCUCGCAAAGGAACUCAUUUUCACUGGCAGACAGAUUGAUGGACAACAGGCCUUGUCCAUGGGCUUGGUAAAUCACUCUGUGCCCCAGAACAGCGAGGGAGAUGCAGCUUACCAGAGAGCGCUGGCUUUGGCCAAAGAAAUCCUGCCCCAGGCUCCAUUUGCUGUGAAAAUGGGAAAACUAGCAAUAAACAGAGGAAUGGAGGUCGACAUCGCAUCAGGGAUGGCUAUUGAGGGGAUGUGCUAUGCCCAGAAUAUUCCCACAAGAGACCGUCAGGAAGGGAUGGCUGCCUUCAGGGAGAAACGACCCCCGCGCUUCAUCGGCAAAUAACACUUCCUGCCUUCCCCUUGAGCUUUGGAAAGUAAAGGAGGACUCAAGAGCACCCACUGAUUUCUUGGGGAUGAUAUUUAUGCCACCAUUCUGUGCACUUAACGCCUUGCCUUGGACUGCAUUGCUGAAUAUCCCACUGGAUCAUUUUUCUGUACGAAUCUUACAAUAAAAAUUUACCUGUGUACACCUGA